AUGAGGUUAACCUCGACAGACGGAGGGCUUAGAAGACCCGUGUGUGUGUGUGUGUGUGUGACGGCGCAGCGGGUUACUAACAUUGCCGCCGCCGCCUCAAGAACCAACGCAACUGUAGUUACUACACUACAGCCGCCAGCCAACCCGCCUACACAGCGGAUACGAAGCCAUCGACGCAGGCGCCACGGACGUGAUGCCCCCGCGACGUCUGCGAGCGACGCACCGUCAGUGCCCACGCCAGCUACGGAGACGGAGACGGCAGUGUUAAACCCCCCGCCCCCGUCAAGGAAUCCACUCGCCCCCACC